UCACAAUAUAACCUCUCUCUCUCUCUCUCUCUCUCUCUCUCUCUCUCUCUCUCUCUCUCUCUCUCUCUCUCUCUCUCUCUCUGUAAUGAGCAGGAUGCAGACUGGAGGAGAUGAAGCUAAGCUCAAAAGCUCCUCAUCUCUAUCUUCCUUCUCUUCUUCUUCAUCUUCCUUCUCUUCUCUUUCUUUCGCCACCUCAUCUUCUUCAGUUCUUUCAAUGAUGCCGCGUACCACCUUCGAUUUUUCCGGGGAGAGAGUUGGGUUGGUUGGAAUUGGAGAUUGGACGGUGGGUGAGCAUCAGUUCGGACCUGUCGCUGGCAGCAUCAACGGAGGCCUGAUUCCAUUGCCAAAUUUCGCGGCGGCCUCCUCGGCAACGGCCGUGAAUAUCACACAGAGUGUGAAGGUCGGCAUGGGAGAGACGAUCGAUGUCGAGCAGGUCUUCCAUGUCAAUCGCAGGUUCACUAUGCCAGCACCAAUAGCGUUCCAAUCGCAGCCAGUCCGCUUUCUACGGGAGCCAUCUUUCUAUCAUGGAGGAUCUGAGCUAAACCCGCUUUUUCCUGCAGCGCGUAGUUCACUGAUACCGGAGCCCAUGAAUAAUCCAUAUUCAUUUCCAUGUGCUUCACACGACAAUGUGGGUUUUCCAAGCUCUGUAGUACCAAACCUCAAGAGAAAGCUUGAACUUCUCGGCAAUCCAUACAAUUCUGAAAGCCUUCCACUAUAUGCAGAAAUCCCAUCUCCCUAUAUGACAGGCAGCUUUUAUCAUGAUUCAGUGUUCCAGUCUAGCUCUGUAUCUGUACCAGCACUCCACCAACAACAUCCUAUCUUUCCGGUUUCUGGACGGCACUCAUGCAUGAAUCACCGUAUCAGAGAACCAAGCAAGCUCGAGGUGUUUAAGAAUCAAGAGAUGAACAUUUCAUCAGCUUCUCAGGACGUAAGGAUCAGCAGGCCUCUGGGUACCACAUUUCCGAUUCACAAACGAAAGGUGGUCCGUCAGAAGAACAUGGGCACCUUGAACAUGUGUGUAGCUUCAGAUGGGAGAAAGAAUGUCAGCUUCCCAACUGGGCUUCCAAAUCAAGGGUUCCAGUUCCGCGAUCAUAAUGCUUUGGAACCUGUUCCAAGUUUAAAACAGCCAUCUAUUCCUUCUUCGUCGGUACACCAUCCUGAAAAUCUGAAUACAGAGAAUUUGAGUAAGAACGACAAGGAGCCUCCGAAGGGAUGGGUGGUGAUGUUGCAGAAAGAGUUGCGGAACAGUGAUGUUGGUAACCUUGGGAGGAUUAUACUUCCAAAAAGGGAUUGUGAGGCAAAUCUUCCUCCCUUAUUUGAAAGAGAAGGAAUUAUUCUGAUGAUGGAGGAUAUGGUUUCGUCAUUUAUAUGGGAAUUCAAAUAUAGGUUCUGGCCAAACAAUAAAAGCAGGAUGUAUGUCAUGGAAAAUACAGGAGAUUUUAUAAGGACACAUGAGCUUCAAGCUGGCGAUUUUUUCAUUGUUUAUAAAGAAUAUGGUUCUGGAAAAUAUAUUGUUAGAGGCAAAAAGGUGCCGAGGCCAUCAUUGUCCACUGAUCAGGUUGGACUGAACAGUGGAAAGCAAAGCAACUUGGAGAAAGGAGGCAGCAGCAAGCAGCAGCCGCCAUCAUUGUCCACUGAUCAGGUUGGACUGAACAGUGGAGAGCAAAGCAACUUGGAGAAAGGAGGCAGCAGCAAGCAGCAGCCGAAGAGCAACCGAGAGAUGGAAGCAAGCUGCCCGCAGUGCACGGAACAAGAAAGGACCUCAGAACCGACCGGCAACCUCUUGAUUCCGAAGCCAGAACCCGAUGCAUCUCCAAUGGGCUUCCCAUUUGACAUUGAGAGAGACUCUGGUGGGCCAUCUCAGUUCACUCAGUCUUUACCAGAUUUCGAUCCAGACAUGAUUUCCUUUGACCGCUUCCUGCCAUGAGGACUAUUCUCCAUCAUGGAAAAAAACUGUAUCUUUGCUUUCAAACCAGCUGGUCUUAAGAAUUCUAGUUAUGACAUUACUCUAAUUCCCUGUGGAGGGAGGAAUUUGGUGCUUCCUCAAUUCAAUGGAGGCCUGGUACUUGAUAUCAAGCAAUUGGAUUUUGAAUAAAUAGUUCCAAGGUGUGCUAUGGAACGAACUUUUACAAAGUUUCUGCUAUCUUUUGUUGUUUCCUGUCAAUCUCCUCUAUUUUGGAUCUGUAGUGGAAUUUCCACCCUCUUUAUCAACGACUGCAUUAGGACCUGAGCUCUUCAUGAUGCAGAUCUUCUUGAGCCAGGCGAAUGAUCACAAUCCAUCAACUUUGAGACCUGUGAUUGUGAUCUUUGAGAAUAAGACAUUGUCUGGCGUGGGUGAUUUUUAUCUGUAAUGAGGCUGCUCCUACAAACAAUGUCCUAGUUGGAAAAAUGGCGAAACUUGAAAACAUCUGGGCAUCGGUUGCUUUGUUUACUUUCACUUGUUGUCAAGGAGAUAAUUGCAACGCAUGGUUCGUCUCUCUUACCUUUAAUAGAUAUUAAGGCCCCGUUUGGUAGACACCUAAAAAUGAGUUCAUCUCAUUUUAGUUACCAGUAAUUAUGAAUUAAAAAUCUUGAUCUCUAAUACAUAAUUACUGUUAACAUGAAACCAUUAUGCAUUAGAGAUCAAGAUCUCUAGUACAUAAUUACUGUCAACUAUAAUGAGAUGGAACUCAUGUUUAGGCAGAAUCCAAGAGGCGGACAUAGAUAAAGAAAUGAUUUGUUUCUCCAUCCACAUUUUUGGAAAAUGGAUUCCAUUUUCCCAAAUUCAAGGGUAACGGCUAUCUCAAAUCUUCCUCCAGAGAACCAUGAGUCUGGAUAAGGCAAAUGAUAUUUUGCAAAAUCCGCAGCUUCCUUUGCAAUCCAAACAACGAAAAAUGUCAAAUCAAGGAUGUUUCUCACCCCGCAGAUUCUGCCUAUCUGCAUGAAAGUACCAUCAUCCUGAUUGAACCCUGCAUGGAUGGAUGAUGCUGCCAAAA